UCUUUCAAUAUCAAAAUGAAACCUCUUAUUGGGAAACCCUUUAUAACAAAGAAGCUACUCUAAUCAAUGUUUACAAUGAUCCCAUAUCUGGUUAGAUCAAAUACUUAUUUCCACCUCAAUUGGCACCAAGUCAAAUCACCUGUGACAAUUUCGAGAAAUACGGAAGUAAUUCUGCUCAGUUCCACCCAACACGUACUCCCAUUAAACCAAUGAUUUUUUUCUUAAAUCGCGAAGGUCACAAAGAUCGAAAAUUUGUGGAAUUUUUUUUUAGCAGGUAUUAAGACGUACAAUGAGAUCUUUUGUCUGGAAUUCACUCGUUCGUUUCACGCCGAGGAGUAAUUGUUUUUAUGGACUGCUUAAUUAUCUUUAAUCAGUGAGAUGCCACCAGUUAGAAUGGACUGGGGUCUGGAUUUUUAAAUCUCGGCAGCAGCAAGUAACAAGAUGGAAUGCUGACGAGAGUAAUGUUAGUGACUGUUGAUUUAAUUCCUCUUCAUUUGUAUGUGAUUUAUUGGGAAUUACUGGUAUUGAACAAUGGGGGUGACAGUUAUGGACAACAGAUCGUACUAUCACCACGAGGACCUAGAUUUGACCACGGAUCAUACUGUGACUAUCGGCAAUGGGGCCUACCCGAAAAACCCAACAGAUGAAAGAAAUGCUAAUUUAUUGUACCAUAUCUUGAUACCCUUAUUCGGAGCAAUCAUUACCAUAUCCAACUUAACAGUUCUGAUGUCAUGUAGUCUCAUCAUAAAGAAAAGUAAUAAGCCAAAAUUAAUGUACCUUCUUCUGGGUAAUAUAGCUUUGGCGGAUGCACUAAUGGGGGUAGUAGUUAUCUUUGGCCAAGUUUUUCCAGAGAAUUGGAGAAAUCAACAAAUAUGUGCUGCCCAGAUAGGACUUGUUGCUUCUGGCACUCUAGUUACAGUUUACACAGGAGGUACCAUAGGAAUAGAUAGAUUUCUUUAUAUCUUCUAUGGGUAUCAACAUCAAACAGGGUUCUAUUCAAAAGUGAUACAGUCUUCAGUUAUUAUUGUAUGGAUUUCCAGUCUGAUCAUUGGAUUUCUUCCUCUAAUGGGAUGGUCGAGAGUACCUCCAGAUCCACAAGCUUGCUGUUUUGUUGUUAUUGUCCCAGAAAAUUUCAUACUUAUCUUAGCUAUAUUAUUCACCCUACCGUUAACCAUAACUCUAGUAUUAUACUCUGCAGUUCUAUAUACAGCCUCGAAGAAGGUUUCAAUUCAUAAUCUUCUGGUGGGAAAACAAGUUUCUUCCAAUGUACAUAACAGGAAAUACCAAAUGGAUAAAAGGAAGAUUGCUGUAGAAUCAAAGGAUUCAAAAAGUUCCAAUAAUAUUUUAUUGGGGUUAUUCAAAAAAGAAUUCUCCUCAACUGUAAGUAGUUCCAAAAGAUGGAAGUCAAUUAAAAUUGUAGUUUUUUCUACUGCAAAUUUUUUAUUCACUUGGUUCCCAUACAUUAUAGUAAGUUUAUAUUAUAUGUCAGUAUGUGAUGAUGAUACUUCUAAAAGAUGUAAGUCAUUGAGUUUAAUUUUAGCAAGCCCAUUGGCUAUGCUAGGAUUUGUUAGCAGCAUUUUGAGUCCAAUUAUUUAUGCUUGGUGGCACAAAGGAUUCAACAAAAAUUUUAAAAAAAGAAUUAGUACUUUCCGACUGAGAAAUCCAAGCUUUAAUAAAAAAGUUGUUCCAAAUACAUGCUCCAAUUCAACAAUGACAACCAUACUGGAAAAUUCAAAUGAACAUAUUACUACUGUUUGAGGAUUUUGUCAUUCAGCCUUUAAUGAAGAAUAAUUUAUGAAUUUUCCAUACAACUAAUGAUAUAAUGACUAGGAUGUACUGAAUCUUGAUAUUUAUUAUAAAAGUUCUUUGUGAAUAAGUUUUACCAAUGUAUAUAAAUGCAGUAUAUCUGUCAAAUCAUACAAUUUUGUAUAUGUAAUUUUAUAAGAAUGUGAUAUUAAUUUAAAAUAAACUAUCAAACUUU